AUGACCAUGACAUUGUCCGGGGGCGGUAGGGUGUAACAUGCAAGAAUGGGGCUAAUUGCAAGGACCAAAAUACAAAACAUCAUGGAAAUAUCACCAGCCUAUAAAAAGGAAUAGAAUUUCUGAUAAAAAGAUCAGAUAUCAAUUGAGAAGUAUAUAGAAGUUUUGAUAAAAUUUGCAAAUUCAAAGACCAGUCAACUUCAUUGAAGACUCGAGACUUCAUUUUCCAUGACGACACCACCACCCUCUUUUACCAGGAGAGUUUCCCUUAUUAGUUAUUACUCGAUCAGCUUUUUACAGUUUGGGUCCAACGGUCCAUUAUCUAGUUUCCCACUUUCACACACCCGUUUUUGAAUACCCUCCACCACCAAAAAAAGAAAAGCUCCUCACAAGGCUUCCCAACUCCGUCUCCUUCUUCUUCUCCCAAUGUCUUCCGUACAGUUAGGGUUUUCAGAGGCGAUGGUCGAAGUCGCAGCGACCGAGGCUGACGUCGGCAUUGCGUGUCAGACCGUGCAAUCCCAUCUCUCUUACCUCGUUGAUCAAGUGAGCUUGGGGCUGGGGAUGAGCACGGAGCAUCUAGGUUCGAGGGAGGAGAGGCUCAACCAACGCCUGCGCGAGGUUGAAUUGAAAGAAAAGCAGUUGGAUUUACUCCACCGAAGACUCAAAAGGAGGGAGAAGAAAGUUGAAGAGCUCAGGUUGAAACAAUUCGAGCCUCGAGUCAAGACGGAGGAGGAUCAAUCUAUCAUGAACAUGGACUGUCGCGAGUUGCUGGUGUUCGUGAAUGAGCAAUUCAGAAUAAUUGAUUUGGCGGGAACCCGGAUGUCGGCUGUUCUUCAAGCAUCUCCAGACCCCGGAAAGAUGGUUCUGGAAGGAGUGCGAGGGUUUUGUCCUUCGAAUCGGAAUGUGGAUGGAAGACAGACUGAAAUGAGUUUGAGGUGUAUGAGAAAGAGUUGUGUUCUGUUGUUGCAGGAGUUGAAGAGAAUGUCGCCGCAAAUUAGUGCUCCGGUGAGAGAGGAGGCAAGGAAGUUAGCAGCUGAGUGGAAAGCGAAGAUGAAGGAGGGCAGUGAGAAUAGUUGGGAGGCCAAGGGGCUUUUGCGGCUCAUUGCUGCUUAUGGAUUGGAUGGUAUUAUUUGUGAUGCUGAGGAGCUUCAGAGUCUUGUUGCUAUGGUGGAGCAGCCGGAACAAUCUAGUGAACUAAGAAGGACUCUUGGUUUGACAAAUGGGGCACCGGGGACCAAUGCCAAUUCUUCCAUUGUUAAGAUCGAGGGACGAGAAUCCUCUCUUGCUAGAAAUGCAGCGACUCUUUCUUCUCCGAAUCAUUCUUUGCCGAAUGACAUGUUGGUUUCUCUUAAGUCGUCAUCGGAUAAGGCAAAACUUGUGUUGAAAUUGAUAAAAAGAUCUUUAACCCAAUACUGGACAAAUGGUGAUGUUAGCUCCAAAGAAAUGGUUGUAUUGAGUAACAUUUCUCUAUUGAAUUUUCUAAUGGGAGCCUCAGCUCAUGUUGGACCUCAUCUGAAAGAUGGUGCAACAAAUCUAGCAGCCCAGUGGAAAGCAAAUAUGACAGCUGAUACUGAAAACUCAUUGGAGAAUUUGGGAUUUUCGCUGUUUAUAGCUAUAUAUGGAUUGGUUUCUACUUUAAACGAAGAUGAGAUUGUAAAGCUUCUUGGAAAGAUUUCACAGCAUAAACGGUCCCUAGAAUUAUGUCAGACAAAUGGUUUUGCAGAUAAGAUUGCUGGUCUUAUUGGGAAACUUAUUGAAAAGAAGCAAGUGAUUGAUGCUGUUAGAUCGAUUUGUUUGUUCAAGUUAAUUGACAAGUUUCCCCCAGUACCGUUGUUAAAAGCAUAUGUGCAGGAUGCAAAGGAGUGGUCUGAAUUAGUUUGCAGCUUAAAGAUAUCAGAUGCUGAAAAGGAGAAGGCUGUAAAUAGAAAAAUAGCUGAUCUUAGAGCUGUCAUUCAAUGCAUCAAAGAUUGCAACCUUGAGUCUGAAUACCCGUCCAUGACUGUUGAAGUGCAAAUAGAUCAGCUGCAAAUACUCGAGGAGAAUUGGAGACCAUCUUGUGUCUCCAAAGUUAGACAACAAGAGAGAAAAAGGAAGAGACCUAAUAUCAGGCCCAGAUCUUCCUUAAAGGUAAAGCAUCGUCUGCAACAAUCUAAUGUGGAUGGGAGCCAUCAGAUAAGAUAUCACUCUCUUAGUUAAUGUGUCAUUAGGGUGAGUUAUCUGAUAUGUACCUGAAGAAUGCUUAUUAUUUGAAGCUGCAAAUACUAUAUUCGCACAGGGACGGCAUUAUUCAGGUGCUAUCAGGAGAUUGGGUGGUUGACGGCCUGACAUAAUGCAGGAAAGGUGUUUGGAAGACAUGCACCCAGGAGAUGAUAUUCCUCUGGUACCUUGUAAAGGAAGCUAGCUUCUACAUCUUGGUGGACUUGACAUUUCACAUCAUUUGGUCAUCAGAGAGCAAGCAUACUCCACACCUUUUCACGCUACAGUAGCCCACAGCGGACUGCACUCCGCCAGCAUGCCUCUUAUUUUGUACAAAGAAG